AUGCCCGCUGGUGAGGAGGCGCGGCGCAGGACUGGCAGAUCUGCUGAUGGGUUUCCCAUUUUGUCUUCCAGCGGAGCUGAGUCCCUCUCUUCAGAUGAAAAAGAAGUGGUGGCUGGCAGUGUGGAGAGUGAGGGCUCGGCCGAGGAGCGCCCAGCAGGUGAGGACAGCUCUGAACACAGCUCCAGCAGCAGCUCAGGGGAGGAGUCAGAUGAAGAACAGGAGGAGAAGGAAUCGCUACCGUGCUGCAAUGAAUCAGGACUGAACUGUCUGCUGCCCUGUGAGCACUGCAGAAAUGAAAAUGACCAGAAUGAGCAAGUGACCCCUAGGAGACUUUCUGGAGGACAAUAUGUGGUACGGCUGGAUGCAGAGGGCACUUACCAGUGCAGCCUCACAGGCUUGAUUUUUGAAGUAACGGGGGCUGUCAAAAUCAUAUAUUCCCUCUUAUCCUGGAGCAAAUACGCCAACCUCGUGAAAAAGCCAUGGAUCGUGGGCGGUCCCCUCUUCGAUGUGCACUGUGACUCGGCCUCUGCUCUCAGCUCCAUCCAGUUUCCACACUCCCUCUGCCUUGGCGAUCAUGGUGCUGGAAUGGCCUUCAAGGUUUUGCACAUCAAAGGCAAGGGCGCAGCCAUCGAGCCCUCCGCCGCCUACUCGGCCUCGCACGUGAAGUGGCUGGUGAGCUCGCUCUCACCAGUGGGACCCCUCCUCCAGAGCCAGGAGCCAGUGCAGUUCCACGGUGCUGUCAUCCUCUACAAAGUCGUUGACGAGCAUCCCUCCUUAUCCUUUCGGGUCUACGUGGCUACAAACAAUGACUCCUUUAUAAAGGAUAUCUCAAGAGCUGUAAAAAAUUCAAAUAAGAAAUUCAUUAAAAUCGAUAAGCCCCCUGUAUGCCAAAAAUUACUACAGAAUGGAAAGAGGUAUAGAUUAGUUUGUGAACCAGAAGCUGAAAUAACUCCAGAGGAAAUUGAAUUUGUUGAUGGAUCUCUCUUGAAACUAAAAAGCUACAUUGAGGUCUAUUUGGAGAAACCUGACGACUUCACCUUGUCUUUGGUUGAGCUGGAGUCUGAUGCGACCGUAUGGAAAGCAAAAUUAAGAGAGA